AGGGACAGGACACAGUGAAUCAAUAUUUGAGGUUGUGGAUUAACCAGACUCUGUUCCACUUUUUGUGACUAAAAGAGGCGACCCCAAGCUAACUUUAUGAGCUUAAAGACCCCCAAGUGAAAAGAUCAAUUACCCUGCAUGAUGUGGUUGAUUUCCAUCCUUUGCUUCGCACUGAUCACUUGGGACAUGCCUUGUGCUUCCAGCAGCGCAGUCUUCUUCAACAGACAGGAUGCAAAUCGUGUUUUAAAAGUUCAUAAACGGGCCUACAACUUUAUGGAAGAGUUGAAGCCAGGAUCACUGGAACGCGAGUGUGUGGAGGAAGUUUGUGAUCUGGAGGAGGCGAGCGAGAUAUUUGAGACCCGCGAGGCCACUCUUAACUUUUGGGCAAAAUACUUCGAUGGGGAUCAGUGUCUGUCAGCUCCAUGUGCAAAUGGUGUCUGUAAGGAUGGUAUUGGGAGAUAUGACUGUAUCUGCUCUAAAGGCUGGGAAGGACGGGUAUGUUCUGAUGCAAUCACCUACCCAAACUGUUCUGUGAAUAAUGGAGGAUGUCUUCACUUCUGCACUGAAACUGAGAAUAGUACCUCUCGUGUGUGCAGCUGUGCCUCGGGGUACCAGUUGGAUGAUAACCAUCACACCUGUAGCCCUGCGGUGGAGUACCCCUGUGGUCAAAGGAAAAUCAUGGAUUUCGAAAGUCUACUUCGGCUGACAGCGGCAAAGCAAGGACGCAAAGGCGAUAGUCCUUGGCAAGUCUUAAUAAUUCACGAGAAGAAAUUUCACUGUGGAGGCGUCCUGAUUCACCCGUUGUGGGCGCUGACAGCUGCCCAUUGUAUGGAGAAUGCCGGAAAGUACUAUGUGAGGCUUGGUGAAUAUGACCGUCGCAAGAUGGAGGACACAGAACAGACAUUGCAAGUGUCCAAGAUCAUCCGACACCCUGAUUACCGGUAUCAAAAUGCAGACAAUGAUAUUGCUUUACUGCGUCUCUCAGCGCCUGCCCUCUAUAACAAGUAUGUGAUUCCAAUCUGCCUGCCAAGCCUGGAACUUGCCGAGAGACAUUUGACUCUGGAGGGCACCGAGGUGGUAGUCACUGGCUGGGGAAGCCAGAAUGAAACGUCGCGCAAUCGCUCCAGCGUUCUCAGCUACAUACGGAUUCCAGUGGCUCCCCGUAACGAGUGCAUUGCAUUGAUGCAAAACGAACUUACUGAAAAUAUGUUAUGUGCUGGGCAGCUGGGGGACAGACAGGAUGCCUGCCGUGGAGACAGUGGAGGACCCAUGGUUACUAAGUUUGGGGGCACUUGGUUUCUGGUGGGUUUGGUGAGCUGGGGAGAAGGCUGUGGACGAGUGGAUAACUUUGGUGUGUAUACCAAAGUCAGCCGAUACCUGGAAUGGAUCAGCCAGCAAAUGAUUAACUAUGAAGCCGAAAACUCAAAUGGAAAGGCAAGUUUACAGAAGUCACGCAAAGGAUGAUAUAAGAUUAAAAAAGUGCAAUGAUGUCUACAAGGAAUAAAUAGUAUUAAGUAUGAUUAACGUAUCAUCAUAUAGCCAUUAACUAGAUCACCUAUUGUACAUUUUUGGUUUAUUUUUUUCUGAAAAUAAAAUUCAUCUUCUCGUGAAA